GCUAAAGCAAAGCCCAAACCACCAACAACAACAACAACAAUCAGAACAACAACAACAACCUGCAACCAUCGCCGCCGCCUCCGCCGCCACCGUCCUCGUCGUCGUCGUCGUCGUCGUCAUCGCAGUCACCGUUACCACGAAACGUAGCCGUUGCUGUUGCCGUAUAAAAUGGAACCCUCAUAUGAUCACGAACAUCCACAUCAUCUGCUAACAAAUUACAAUGCUAAAAAAUAUCCCCACGUGUCACGUACGCCGGAAUAUAGCCACUCGACGGUGGGCAGCGACUAUCCGGAGCACGGCGUCUACUUAUCCGAUGGACGGCUGCUGCACGAGAGUCCCAGCGACAGCAUCUACCAUGUGAGGCAGGGCAGCGAGCACUCCUCGCCCAGCUUACACUCUCCAGCCAUACAGAGCGCCGGCUACGACAACGAGCACUCGAUGAACGAGGCGGCGCUCUCGGUGCACAGUCACAGUCACUCGCCAAUGGUGUCCAGUGCGUAUAGCGUGGGCGGUGGAGGCGGAGGCACUGCCUCACUGAUCAGCAGCAACAUACCGCUGCUGGGUGGUGGUGGCAACUCGGUGCUGAACAAGUUCUUGUCGCAUCCGCACGCCGGAAUAGAUGAAUGUGGCGCAGCACCCAUAGAGCCGGCGUCCAUGUGGAGCUACGACUACAAGGGCGACAUAUGUGCCUCCAAUUGUGGCUAUCUGGAUCGGCACAAGGCGUUGGCCAGCGAUUUGAAGUACAGACCAGGCGGUAACCAGUCAAAAAGUGCCAAAGAGUCGCGCAUACGCCGGCCAAUGAACGCGUUCAUGGUCUGGGCCAAGAUCGAGCGCAAGAAGCUGGCCGACGAGAAUCCCGAUCUGCAUAACGCCGAUCUCAGCAAGAUGUUGGGCAAAAAGUGGCGCUCCCUGACGCCGCAGGAUCGUCGACCGUAUGUGGAGGAGGCGGAACGUUUGCGCGUCAUACACAUGACCGAGCACCCGAACUACAAAUAUCGGCCCAGGCGGCGAAAGCAAUCGAAGCUGCGCACCCUGCAGCCGGGCAAGGAUCAGCAGGGGGAGCCAUCCGCGCAGACGGCAGCGGGUGGAGCUAAGAACACGCCCAAGCUAUCGACGCCACCGCUGGCCACAGCCACCAGUGGCAGCUACAACACGCCCACCGACGACAGCCGCAACUCGACGCCCCAAAAUGUGGGCGGGCUGUACGAGCAACCACUGAAGCCGAGCUAUUCGCCCAGCUCCGUGGACUGCUACAGCAAUGCGGACAGCACGGAGCAGAUGGAAUCACUGAAUGCCAGCUGCAAUGAAUCCUCCCCAGUCGCAAAUGUCGCCAAUGUUGCCAGCUAUGACAGCUCGCUGCUGCUCAAGAAGCUAACGAAGCCGUCGCCGGCGUCGUCCAGUCGAGCGGCCAAGCAACGCAGCGAGAAGCAGUCGAAGUUGGACGACAAGUCCAAGCAGCAGCAGCAACAGCAGCAGCAGCAGACCAGCCUGUACGCCUCCUAUCCACUGACCAGCUCCGUGGCCGUGGUGGCAGCGCGUGGCAUGUACGUGACGUGCAACAAUCGCGGACUGCUGGAUCACGGGCACUCGGUGAAGGGUACCUUCUAUCCGCCCGUGUCCAGUGCUGACGACGAUGCCGGUAACAGCAUCACCACCAUGCGCCAACCGCACUGCAAUACCAGCUCCAGCCUGUGCACCACCAUAUCCAGCUCCAGUGCCAACGAGCUGAACAGCUACACGGUGGCCAUGGCCGAGAGUAACUGCAGCAGUGGCGGAGGAGCGGCCAGCAACCUGCGACUCAGCAUGAACGAGCUGGGCGCCGUGUCCAAUGAUUAUUUGUCCAGUGUGAAUGCCAAUGCAUAUGGCAUGCAGUACGAGGACUUUCUGCGCUACCAGACCAACGAGCUGGACUAUGAUCAGCUGAAGGAGGCGACGACAACGACAACGCCGGCGUCGUCGGACAAUGGGGCGCAGAAGUGCGCCAAGUAUCCGGACACCAAUCAGAACUAUGACGAUUACGAGGCGGAGGCCUAUAACAAUGCCAUGUUGCUCGCGGCGCCAGGGCCGCCACAUACUGGUGCCACCACCGCCAGCUACUACACACAGUUGCCCUAUUCGCUAACCAGCGGCGCCUGCACCGCCUUUCCCUUGCAGCUGGCGGUGCCCUUCCAGCAGACAUCCGCUGCAGGCGGCGCAGCUGCCUAUGGACAGCCCAUGCAGAGCAGCUACCUUCACUAUGGCAACUAUUAUGAAGCCAAUGGUGCGGGUGCUCAGCUGCUGUCGCAGCAGACGCCGGCAGUAACGCCGCCGGCCUCGACCAUGCAGCAGCACCAUCAUCAUCCGCAUGCCCAUCAUCAUCAUCAUCAUCCUCAUCAUCACUUUGCAGCCAAUGGCGGCAGCUCCUCCCCUGGCAUGGUGGGUGUUGGCGAAAUGCUCUUCGAGCAGCAGCAGCAGCAGCAACAGCAGCAACAGCAGCAGCAUCCUAUUGAGGCGAUGCACUGUUCCAGUUCGAGUUCGAGUUCGAGUUAA